ACGACUGCAAAGAACUGCACAUGCAGUAGGCAUGGCCUCCAUCAAGCUCUCCCUCACGCUCGCCCUCCUCAUCUCCGGUCUCGUGAUGCUGGGGACGGUCGAGCGCAGUGACGCAGCCUGCAACCUGCUCUGCGUCCGAGGAGCAUACAUCACAUGCCGCAACCGCCCAGGCGAGCAGCUCUACGGCUGCGCCUGCAGGUGCUCGCCGCCGGGCGGCCGGCACUGCGUCGUCCACCUCGCCGAUGGCUCGACGCACAGGUGCUGAGAAGCUACGCAGGGUUUUCUCUUCGCCUGUUUCAGUUCUUCUUGUCAGUGUUCAGUGUACUGUCCGUCCGCGUGAAACCUGUUGGGAUGAUCGUAAUGUAUCCGUCAUGCUGUUGUAGCAGCGAACAAGAUGAGCUCCUGCUGAUCUUGCUAGCUAGCUUCCUGUCGGUGUGCUGUGAGAUUUGUUAGUGGUAACUAGUAAGCUUUUCUAUAUGGCUCAGCUUAAUUAAUUUGUUCAAUAUGAUCAUAGUUUUGGCCUUUUGGGUUUAAAGAUCACACAAGCUGUGAUAUUUAAUUAUUUCUCACUCUUAGUUUACCAUUUAAUCGAUGUGUCUAUAACAUAUGGAUCUUGGACCCACAUGCCAUAUACACAUGGAGUGAC